CAUAAAUUUCAUGAAAUGACGCCUCUAUCCUCGCCCAACAGCAGCCACCUCGAGGCACAGUGCACAUACGUACAUACAUACAAGGCAUUCGUCGUCACGCAAUCAUCGCCGAUGGCUUUGCAGCUGUACAGUUCCGCGGCUCCGAGGGCCUCAAUGCUGCAGAAUUCGGUGUCCGGUGGUCUAAUCGCCGGCAGGAAGCCGGCAAUUGUCUGCAUCGGAACGGAUUACCGACCGGCGAAUGUAAGGAGGAAGGAGAGGCGGCUGAGCGCGCGGUUCCGAGUCAGAUCCAGCUUGGACGCGGCGGAGGCAGUGGCGGUGGUCGGUCAGGUGACGGAGGUGAGUAAGGACACGUUCUGGCCAAUUGUGAACGCCGCGGGCACUAAGGUUGUCGUCCUCGAUAUGUACACCCAGUGGUGUGGCCCGUGCAAAGUGAUAGCUCCGAAAUUUCAACAACUGUCUGAAAAAUACGAUGACGUUCUCUUCUUAAAGCUGGACUGCAACCAAGAUAACAAGCCAUUGGCGAAAGAGCUCGGAAUCAAGGUGGUUCCGACCUUCAAGAUUCUGAAGGACGGCAAGAUUGUUAAGGAAGUUACGGGAGCCAAAAUCGAAGACUUGGUAGGCGCCAUCGAGGCCACGAGAUCCACCUGAGGUCCUCUAAAACCUUGUGCGUAUGCAAUGUAAGUUGUAAGUAGUAAAAGAAAUAGCACUGUGUAAAUUUUACGCCCCCUUGAUGAUUCAAGAUAUUCUUAUAUUUGGCGAAACUUAACUGUGUAAUGUGCGUUGGUUGUUGCUCGGCGUCUCAACAUAGGUCUAUAUAAAAUUUACUAAAUAAUUUUCGCCA